GUGGGAUGUUAAACACCACCACCACGAACAACUCCUCUUCCAUUUACCAGCAGGCAACUAUGCAAUCUCGGGCCGGUGUUGCGUCUCCAUCCAGCGCGCAGGGACCUCCUGUAUUGGAGAUACCCCGCCUACGUUUUGCGGCAGAAGCGGCACGGCAGAGGGCGGUGGAUAUGCCGCUGAAUGCCCCGCGACAGUCCACUGCACAAACACCACGGUUGACACAACUCGAGGGAGCCUCAUCGGUAUCGAAUGCCACCUCCACCCGGACAACGACUGCCACCGUAGGCUCGACGCUAUUGCCUGUCAUUGCCAAUUUACACCUAAACGAAACACUGAAUAGGCGGUGCGCCACAGAGUUGAGUCUCGAGAAUGAUGAGAUUCGCAUGACAGAGGAGCGGGUGAAGAAGUUGAGGGCUGCGGCACCGGAGGCCACCGAGGUACUCCCAUGGUUAUUUGUGGGCGGUGAGGAGGCCGCAGGAGACCGCAUCCAACUUUUAGCAAAGGGCAUUACCAAUGUUGUAAACACCGUUGCUUUUUCUAUGGGAAAUGUCCAUAGUGAUAUCUUUCGGUAUCUAGGACUUUAUCUAAGCGACUCCCCGGAUGAACCUAUUUUCUCACUUUUUCCCGUUGUCAUCCGCUUUGUUGAGGAAGCACGGUUAAAAGGGGGAAAGACAUUUAUUCAUUGCCACCAGGGUGUAUCCCGUUCUUGUUCAUUUGUCAUUGCCUACGUCAUGUGGCAUCAGGGUAUUUGCUAUGACAGGGCAUUUGAAUUUGUUCGUUCAAAACGUCAAGUGUGUAGCCCAAACACCGGAUUUUACGUGAAUUUGCUGUUAUGGGAGAAUCAGUUGUCCACUCCUGUCUUUAACAAGAUAUAUGCAUAUGUCCCGUACAUGGAGUACCUUUUUCCUUUCUCAUUCCGUCUUGCAUUGACGUUCCGUGGGUCCCAGAGGAGCCAAGAUGACGACUCGCAGAUCGUCAAUCCGUUUGUGCAUGUUGUUCACGGAACCGAUGAGAGCUACACGGUGGACCCAAGACUGAGUUAUGGUAUCCUACUGGGAGACCGCGGCUCACGGAGUGAAGAUCGUGUGAUGCCAAUAAAAUCGUACUUUUUUGCUGGCUCGGACUGCGACGCGAUCGUAUGGCAGGAAGCCAGAGUGGACUGGGACGCCUUCAUCAAGUACAGCUUUUACCAAGGACAGAAGAAGCGAAGUACAAAUAACAAGGGAGAGGUGAUCACGUUUACCCCUAUGCCACCGGUUGAGCAGCCGACGCAGUGCUUGUGGGAAUUGAGGGAUUUGGGUCGUGUCAUUAACGAAGGCGUAUUUAGUCAAACGUGUCGGGCAUCCGGUGGGACUCGAUAUCCAAAUGUGGUGCAGGGGCAGGUGCAGUGCUGGAACAAAUUGCUUGCCCGUGAUGAUUUGGUUUUUCGACUUUCCACUUAUCUUGCGGAGGAACAACGUGUAAAUUUAACUUCUCAAAGCCGUAAGCGCAUGCGAGAGGAGGAAAGAAGACGUCUCUCCAAAUUAGUGUCUUCUGCUAGCACACCACGGUUGUCUUCAUAUAAAGGUGGUAGUGGCAGGAAUAAUGCCGGGACAAGUUCUGUUGUUGUGAAUGCUGCUAACCCCACCAAUACCACAAAUAAUGCCCCCCUCACUGCUCAUACGAGCUUUUCAAUAGCUGCACCUUCCUCACGUGUUGCUGCCGCCAACACUGCGGCGAUGGAUUUGCUGCCAUUGGUGCAGCCGUUACCUACACCGCCGUUAGUAACACCAGCAACAACAACAACAAAGUCGGCUGCUGCAAGUGCGAAGACUUCAUUGCCACGCAAGACGAAAUCCUCAAUACCGUCGACAGCGCGUUCCAACUCCUUGGGAGGUGAAGUGGAGAUAUACGCCUAUCCUUUUACCGGUCCUCCGCUUACGGACAUAUUAGACGUUGCAGACAUGGAGCCGGAUGGUUGCUACGCGGUUGUGGUUCCUGCCACCGCCGCCGCCGCCACGACGUCAUGGCGUCAUCGUGUGUUUUUGUGGCUUGGGCGCACUUGCAGCGUUGGGGAGGCAGAGGCGUGGCAGACGUACCGGCGAUCACUGAAGAUCGACAAGGAUGUUCGUCUGUGGAAUAAGACUUUGUUGCAGAGUCCUUUGGAAGAGGUGGCUCAUGAUGGUGAGGAGCCGGACGACCUCAUCCUUGCGCUCGAAUGA